AUGGUCCAGGAGAGCUUGGGGCAGAGUCAGAGGAGAUGCCAGCAGAUAAUCCAGCUGAAGGAGAAGGAGCUGCAGGAGCUGAGGAAGGCUGUAGAGACUCUCAAGUCUGGUGCACGGGCAGCAGUGAAGGAGAGUGAGAGGAUGUUUAUUGAGAUGAUCCGCUCCAUUGAGAGAAGGCGCUCUGAGGUGACAGAGUUGAUAACAGCUCAGGAGAAGGCUGAGGUGAAUCGGGCUGAAGGACUUCUGAAGCGACUGGAGCAGGAGAUUGCUGAGCUGAAGAGGACAGAUGCUGAGAUGAAGCAGCUUUCACUGACACAGGAUCCCAUCCACUUCCUCAAGAAUAUUGUGUCCUUCAAUGGGAGGCCUUACAGCACAAUUUCAACCAACGUGACCUUCAGUCAAAUGUCCUUGGAGCCCCUGAAGAAAUCUGUGUCUGCACUGAAGAUGCAGCUGGAGGAGAAAUUACAGUCAGUCUUCAAGCAAGAAAUAGUCAAGAUUUCUGCAGCAGCUGUGAAGAACAUUCAGAUCAUCGAGAGCAUACAGCAUACUGACCCUGAACUCCCAGUCAGAAGAACAAACAGCAAGCAGGGCCUGCCACCAGUCAGUAGAAUGUUCAGCUAG